CUGUGAAUGUACGGAAGUUUCGCGAAAUCUAUGUAAACAAAAUAUCGAACCAUCGUUUUGUGUAGAUUUUCCAGCAUUGUUGGACACUUAGAGACAACUGAACCAAAAUGGCAUCAAAGUAUCCUACAGGUGGAUACCAACAGCCCCCUCCCUACCAAGGGGCUCCCCCUCCCUACCAGUACCCACAGGCUGGGCCAAGUGUUAUAAUACAACAAUAUGGUCAAUAUCCCCCUACGCCAAAUACAACAGUAAUAGUUCAGCAGCAGCAUAGACCGCCCCCAACAAAUCAUGGUCUGCUUGGAUCCCUGGGAAAGGAUUUGAACAGACUUGGUGGAUUUAUUCAGAAGGAACUAGAUGCUGCAGGAAACAUGAUCAGAACUGAGUAUCACCAACACAAUUAUGGACCUGUUCUUGAGAACUUUGUGACUGGUAACCAAAUACAGUUGGUGUCUAAAUCAAGUGGACGGGCCCUCCAGAUUGUCCAGUCUUCAUCUGGUCAGCUGGUGGUAGAUGGUAUGGGAGUUAUUGGACCAGAAGUUUUCAAUGCUGUAUGGACUGUGAUUAAUGAGGGAAACAAUCAAGUUCGCCUCCACAACAACUUCAACUACCUGGCCAUAGUCAAUGGACACACUGUUGUUAUGCAUGUGCCUCAGGGCAGCCAUCUUGGGAUAGAGACAAAGUUCAUGUUAUUGUUAAAGGGACAGAACUUUGUGUGUUUGGAAUCCUGCAAGGAGAGGGGUAAAUGUGUGGGGAUACUGGGGGAUGGAACCCUGAAGCCUGCAGCUGCCUGCUCUGCCAAUGAUGAUCAUGCCAAAUUUGGAGUCUACUUUGCUAGUACUCCAUUCUCUAAAUACCCCAAACAGAAGUAACCUGAGCAAUGACAGAGACCUACACAUUUCAUAGAAGCACGUGUGAAUUCUUCUUGUAGUCUGACCAGUCUGUAGGGAAAAUGAUCUGGACAUUACCAAAUAACAAUGUCAAAACAGUAUUCUUUGAAUAUGUAUAUUGCAUAUGUAAAAACUUUAUUAGAGUUUUGAAGUCGAAACUUGAAUUAGAAAUUAAACUGUAUUUUGGAAGUAUGAUGAGAGUCUUAAAUUAUCUAAUUUCAGAACUAUGAAAUGAAUAUCAAUUUGUUUGUUAUAGUUGUUUAUAAUUAAUUUUUAUCAGACCUGUAUUUAAACUUCUUGAUUUACUUGUUAUAGAUUUUUCUGUGUGUCCUACUCUUAUGUGUCGUAAAUAGUACUGUUACUAGAUUUCCUCAUCUUUGUGUGUUGACUAUUUGGCACUGUACAUAUCGUGUUUUUUAUUAUUAUUAUUAUUAUUAUUAACAAAAAGGCCAUAAUUUAAUUUUAUAUUUUACAUUCAAUUUUUGAAAUAAAUAUUGUUUAAACUAAAUGUCAA